AGUCCGGCUCGCCCCUGGGAGUUGCGUUUGCACGGUUACACAACGCGCUCCGUUUCUUUAUGUGGAGCAACCCCGUGGAAAGCGCGCAGAGCUCGGUGCGGGGUUUGCACAUCUCCCCCGGCGCCCCGUGCCCAUGGUGCGCACGGACUGGCCGGCUUCCUGACAGCCAGCUGGGCUAAGGCGGCACCACAGGACCCAAGCUCACCCGGAAAUGGCCACUGUAGUGCCCCUGAUGCCAAGGACCAGCCGGAGAGAGAAAACCGACUGGUCUGGCAGCCUUAUUAUUGCCUCUUUAGCUGGAGCUUUUGGGUCUUCAUUUCUUUAUGGUUACAAUCUCUCUGUAGUGAAUGCACCAACAGUGUAUAUCAAGAGGUUUUACAAUGAAAGUUGGGAAAGAAGAUAUGGCCACGUAAUAGAUGGAGGAACUCUUACACUCCUCUGGUCUAUAACCGUGUCUAUUUUCUCCAUUGGUGGACUGGUGGGUGCGAUAAUUACCACACCAAUUGUGAAGUUCUUUGGCCGAAAACAUACAUUGCUGAUCAAUAAUGUAUUUGCAGUUGUGGCUGCGUUGUUGAUGGCUCUCUGUCAGUUAGCAGAAUCAUUUGAAAUGCUCUUAUUGGGCCGCAUUGUGAUGGGUAUUCAUGCAGGUGUCUCUCUCAGUGCCCUUCCCAUCUAUUUGAGUGAAAUCUCACCUAAGGAGAUCCGGGGUUCUCUGGGGCAGGUCACAGCAAUCUUCAUCUGUAUUGGAGUUUUCACUGCUCAGGUUUUGGGGCUGCCAGAAAUAUUUGGAAAUGAAUUUCGCUGGCCCUACUUAUUUGGAGUGAUUGUUGUUCCUUCACUGAUCCAAGUUGGGAUUUUGCCCUUCCUCCCUGAAAGUCCUCACUACCUCCUACUUGAAAAGAAUGACAAAAGUGGAGCAGAAAAAGCGUUCCGGACCUUUCUUGGGAAAGAUGAUGUCUCUCAUGAAUUAGAAGAGAGUGACGCGCAGAGAAAUGUUAAAUUAGAGUCUGUCCUUCAACUUCUGAGAAACCGCUCUGUGCGCUGGCAGAUCAUUACUGUGAUCAUCACCAUGGCCUGCUACCAGCUAUGUGGGCUAAAUGCUAUCUGGUACUACACAAAUAGCAUCUUCAGUGAAGCUGGGAUAACUCAUCAACUGAUCCCUUAUGUUACCUUGAGCACCAGCACUGUUGAGAUUUUGUCUGCUGUUUCUUCCGGCUUAGCUGUUGAACGGCUUGGACGUAGACCUUUACUUAUUGGAGGUUUUGGUUUGAUGGUCAUCUUCUUUGCAAUACUUACGGUAUCCCUGACUUUACAGAAUCAUGCAUAUUGGCUCCCCUAUCUCAGUAUAUUUUGCAUUCUUGCAGUAAUUGCAUCAUUUUGCAUUGGCCCAGGUGGGAUUCCAUUCGUCUUGACUGGAGAGUUUUUUCAGCAGUCUCAAAAGCCUGCCGCAUUUGUGAUAGCUGGGACAGUCAACUGGCUCUCCAACUUCUCAGUGGGACUUCUUUUCCCUUUUAUUCAGGCUGGACUGCAGACAUUUUGUUUCCUGGUGUUUGCUGUCGUCUGUCUUGCUGGAGCUACUUACCUGUUUUUUGUCCUGCCCGAAACAAAAAAUAAGACCAUUAAUGAAAUCAGCCAGGCAUUUGCCAAAAGGAAUAAAGUGACUUUAGAAGGGCAGGAGAUGAGCCAGUUUUCAUCAGAAACUAAAUCAAGUGAAGAACAAGAACAUAACUUCUCUUCGACACUGGAGAAUGGUGAAACUAAAAGCAGUAUACUCUAAGAAUUCAGUGUUCUUCG